CAUGAACUUCAUUGGAACUGCUCAUUGGAUCGAGGUCAUGUGUUAGAGUAUUUAUUAUGCGUGUUCUAGCAGAAAAUGUUUUCAGUAUACUUUGACUACAAGGGGUACUCAUUUCUGAAGAAGGGUCCAGACCCGAAACGUCAGCCUUCCUGCUCCUCUGAUGCUACUUGGCCUGCUGUGUUCAUCCAGCUCUACAUCUUGUUAUCCCUUACCGUGGAGUAUGUUAGUUUAGACAAGAUAUGGAAAAUCUUAUGGUACUAAUAGAAACACACCACGACAUAAGUCAAUGUUUUUAAGAGAUGAAAGAAGCUUCAAAAUGACUUAAAUCAAACUUUAUCUUUUAUAGAGAUUGCAACACUAGUUCCACUUAAUGAAUCAUACUGUAUUGUUCCGCAGAAAGACUCACGUCGCUGAAGUUUCACUUUCAUUUCCCAGCUUUUCAGCUUGCGCAUUAAAAAGGAUUUUGUCACAGAAAGUUCGUUGCAAGAAAGUUAGGGGAGGAAAUGUCACUGUCAAAACCCCAUCAGAAGAUCGUCAAAAUCCUGUGCUCUAAUAAUGGAUCUUUACUUUAUCAGCAGCUCCGCACAACAAUCUCCAAAAGCGACGCAGUAUCUGACAUGUAUCUAACUAUGACAUUGAGAGGCUGCCAGCUUUUUACCAUCGUCCCAGGAACUGGGGGAGAAAUAUCAGAGUCCGAGCUGACAUUGGAUAGUCGAAUCAUAGCCACUACCGCGAUCCGGCUCUGUAAGGACUACUCCAGCAAGAAAUGUGAAGAUUGUGACCAACUUCACCUGUGCAGAUAUUUUAUUCUGGGCCACUGCAAAUACUCAGAACAAAGUGAUACUUGUAAAUAUUCCCAUGACAUCCAUAGUCUACACAACUGGAAAAUCAUUCGCCUUAACCAGCUUCAGGAUCUGGACAUGAAUGAAUUACGUUUCCUCUUGCUUCAAAAUGACCCUUCAUUGCUGCCUGAGGUCUGCUUGCAUUACAACAGAGGAAAUGGGGAUUCUCCAUUUGGAGGCUGUUCACAUAAACACACCUGUAAUAAACUCCAUAUUUGCUCAUACUUAAUCUCAGGAAACUGUAAGUAUGGGGCUGAGUGUCGACGUUCCCACAAUUUCAGUGACAGCAGUGCCCUUCUCAAGAAAUUUAGUUUGGAUGAAAAUGUUAUGAGAAACCUGCUGCUGAUAUAUCAGAACAGGAACCACAUUAAACAAGCACUCAGUCCUGCUGGAAUUAAAGCUGUACCCACAGUUCUUCCCACAAGCUCCCAGCAAAAUCAUGACACCGAGGAGAUCUGUGUCUACUACAUCAGAAAAAACUGCAGCUUCAAAGAUAAGUGUGUUCGGGUUCACUUCAGCCUUCCCUACCGGUGGCAGAUAUACAAGGGAACAUGGCAGGAUUUUCCAAACGUGGAAGAGAUUGAAAUGGAAUUCUGUGACCCAAAGAAUAGCACCAGCUCGGGACCUAGACCCAUCAACUUUGAAACAAUGAUGUGUGAAUCUCACCAGGUGAGACGACUCUCUACUGCAUCUUCAGUUACUAAACACCCACAUUACAUCCUGACGACUGAAUGGCUGUGGUACAUGAAUGAUAUGUUUGGAAAAUGGACUGAAUAUGGAAGUCAAGAUGACAUGCAUGUGACAUCGGCAGACCUUGAGAAUGUCUAUUUGGCCAAUAACAAUGCUGAAGUGCCUAUUGGAGAAUUCAAUGAAACAUUAAGUUUUAAAGAAAUGAUUCAAAAAGACAAAUUUUCUGAAAGUGCACACGAAGUUCGGAGAAGGCCAAGAUUUAUCUCGAAAGAAGAUGUGGAGAGAAAAGUAGAGAGUGUUCGGUCGCAACUAAGGAAAGCCAGUUCCUGCGAAUCAAAAAGUGUACCAGAUUAUUGGGACAAGUCAGCUUUGACAAGCAUAGGAUACACGCGUACCCAGCUCUCUCCACUCUCCAAUGAAUAUAAGAAAAUCCAGUCUCUCUUCGAGAACAGCAUGAAGACUGGCAAUAUCCAGAAAAUUGACAGAAUUCAAAACCUUGGACUUUGGGAAAUAUUUCAGUGGCAGAAAGAACAGAUAAAGAAAAAGAAUCACGCAGAUGCAGAUGAACGACUUCUUUUUCACGAAGUCACAGAUCACUCAAUUAUUGAUGCCAUUUGCUACCAGAACUUUGAUUGGGGAAGUUUCACACAGAGUGGAACUUUGUUUGGAAAAGGGACGUAUUUUGCCGUAAAAGCUUCCAAUGCCAACUUUGACUUGCACUCAGAUUCUACAGCAAAUUUCAAAAUCAUGUUUUUGGCACGGGUUUUGGUAGGAAAGUUUACUAAAGGACAUCCAAGCUAUGAUCGGCCACCAUCCCAAGAUGUCACAAGCUUCAAACCCUAUGAUAGCUGCGUUGACUGUGUGGAUAAUCCAUCUUUGUUUGUCAUAUUCGAGAAAUAUCACAUUUACCCAGAAUAUGUGAUCCAGUUUAGUAAUAAAAUGUAGGAAAUUGUUUGUUUCUGGACAAUCUGUGGCUGAUAAUGAUAUUAUGGGGAGAUGUGACAUUUUUUUUUGCUUAAAGGAUAAGUACUACCUGGGAAUUUAACACUUUUGAUUUCUACUAAUUAUGGAUUGAUUUUGUAAGUCUGUGCAUGACCAGACAAUUAUUGCACGCAGCCAUUGCACAUCAGAAAACUGCGUUAUGUCGCAUGCUUUUUUUCUGGUAUGUGCUGGUUGGUGUUGUGGCCUCAAGUGGGACCUUAGUAUCAGUCUAAUUUGCUCCAAAGACUGGUGUCUACAGGGUGUUCUGUCCCUCCAGAAAUAGUCUCUCUCCAACCUCAAACAGAGUGCAGAGUCUUUUUCCCUCUGGUUCUAAUGACCUGUCUGAAUGAGAGCAGUGGUUUAGUGAGAGCUUGUGCUUGGAUACAAGUGAUAUGUCUUCAAUUGGUAGGUUGUAAAUGCCCACCGCUUACCUAGUUUUGGACACAUAUUUAAUUGUAUCAGAUUAAUGUGUAUUAUAGGUUAAAUUACAAAAAUGUUUGAAAUAUACUUAUCACUUUCUUGGACAAGAUUUUUAAAAACUAUUCUAAAGACCUUUUUAGUUCCCAAUGUUAUCCUUAUAACUUCUUUGUCAUCAGUUCAGCCUUCAACUCUUUCUCACACAGGAUUUUGAGAAAACAAGGUUUUAGAUAGCCAAUAAACAAUAGGUUUAUUUGACGUCAUACCAAUUGUAUUAGAAACCACAUCAAUUGGAACAAUCCAUCUACCUUUGUUCAAUUUAUGUUGAAAAUUGUUCAGUGUUUAUUCACAAGUACAUCUUAAAAAAAGUCUUUCCUUUACAAACUGAGAUACUGGGAAAGUCUUUAUUUCCUCACUAUAUGACAACAAAAUUAGCUUGAUCAAAUUAGAUUAAAUUUCCUUGCCUACAAGUUGUACUUUCAAGAGGAUUUAAUGGCCUUUGUUUAAUAGAUCUGUUUACAGUUUGACUCUGCUCAAUUUAACGUAGGUCAGAAAUCACAUGACACCAAGUUAUAAUCUGAUAAGUUUAUUUGAAAACACGAGUUUUCAGAGCCUCAGUCCUUCUUCAGGUGUAACCAAGGCUUUACAACACUUUGUUUUUCCUCCACCAUUGUCCCCAAAAAGCUAAUAGAAUCACUUUGCAAAUGAUCGUAUUGAAUCAUAUAAACAUAUUGCUCACUUGAGGGAAUUUACUCAAUUGCGUUAGCUGCAUCGUUUUAUGGUUUGUGUUUCUCCUUGAUUGCAGGUUUAUAAAGGUUAUUACUCUUUUUUAAAGCAAGCAGGUUUAGCUAAUGUAAAGAAAUAUUGUCUUACUAAUUGGAUAGAAUGCACUGCAGAAGAGCCAAGUCUAACAGAUGUGGUAUUUAUGUGGAACACAUAUCAUUGGUGACUGUGCCUAUUAGGUUUUCAAUUUGGGAAAUGAGAGUUAUCACUGUUACUACCCAUGUCUUUAAAUAUGCACAUUUCCUUCUUGUCUGCUUUUACUGUAGCUCUGAUUUAAGUAUGAUAACAGUUCCAUUUCCUCUUAGAAAGUUCUACUCUUAUUAAACCAAGUUGAGGAUAUUUUGCUAAUCUCAUUUGAGGGACUUGCUCCUUCUACUUUUUCCUAAAAGUUGGCAUGAUCUUUUGUCGUAAAAGUGGAAAUAUUUGACCAUCUUAUUUUUUGAAUGGUGAUGGCAACAGAAAAUAUUCCUCACCUGUUAUAUGGAGAUGGAAUGUUAAAAAAGACAGAUGUAAUAUAUGAUUGCAAUAUUCAUUAACUGUAUUGAGAUCUAUACAAUGUAACUGUGUAACUCCUACUGUGCAUUCAUCUCAGCUCCUGUGCUUUCAGGAAUCUGGUUUGAUACUGAAUGUUUGUUCAAAUAA